AUGGCUGACAAGGGCAGCGUUGAGAAGUACCUUGAGAACAACCCCCAGUUCGCCAAGGAAUACUUUGAUAAAAAGGUGCAAGCUGACGCCAUCAAGGCGGCUUUCUCCCUCGACGUUAAAGAAGCCACCUCAUUCAAAGAUGUCAGCCAGAUCCAGGAAGCCGCCUUCAUAUUUCAAAUUAUCAAAGAACUGCAGAACGAGACCGUCAUGGAGAAGACGAUGCACAAGGUCCUUCAGAGGAUAUGCCAGCUGGUCAAAGCGGAAAAGUGCAGCUUUUUCCUGUGCAGGUCCAGGAAUGGAAUCCCCGAGUUGACCACCCUCCUCUUCGAUGUGACCGCCACCUCUAAAUUCGAACAAAACCUGGUCAGACCAGACGCCGAGAUUGUGUUCCCCACUGACAUGGGCAUAGUUGGAUGGACGGCUCAUUCAAAGAAGUCAUACAAUGUUCCAGAUGUUAAAAAGGAUUCUCAUUUCAGCGAUUUUGUGGACAAGCAGACAGGAUAUACCACAAAGAACAUGCUCUCUGCUCCACUGAUGAUAGGAAAGGAACCCAUGGCUGUCAUCAUGGCAUUAAACAAAUCUGGAGAAAGUCAAUUCUCAAAAACAGAUGAGGAGGUCUUCAACAAUUACCUUAACUUUGUGACAGUGGUUUUCCAGCAACAUCACACCAAUUACCUCUACAAUGUGGAGUCCAGAAAGAGUCAGAUGUUGCUGUGGUCGGCCAGCAAAGUGUUUGAGGAGCUCACGGACAUCGAGCGGCAGUUUCACAAGGCCCUGUACACAGUGAGAAUCUACCUCAGCUGCGAGCGCUAUUCCGUCGGCCUGCUGGACAUGUCCAAGGGGAAGGAAUUUUUUGAUGAGUGGCCGGUUAAACUUGGACUUGAGGAGCCGUACAAGGGCGCAAAGACCCCAGACGGGAGGGAAGUUCAUUUCUACAAGAUCAUUGAUUAUCUCCUAGAAGCAAAAGAAGAAAUCAAAGUUAUACCCAACCCGCCAGCCGACCACUGGGCCCUUGUCAGCGGACUUCCGAGCUAUGUGGCAGAAAAUGGCUUUAUCUGUAACAUGAUGAAUGCUCCAGCAGAUGAGUACUUUGCCUUCCAGAAAGAGCCCGUGGAUGAAACCGGCUGGAUGAUAAAGAACGUACUCUCACUUCCUAUCGUGAACAAAAAGGAAGAAAUUCUGGGCAUCGCCACCUUUUUCAACAGAAAAGAUAACAAGCCGUUUGAUGAGUAUGAUGAACAAAUCACUGAAACCCUGACCCAGUUUUUAGGAUGGUCUGCUCUGAACUGUGACACCUACGACAGACUGAACAAAAUGGAAAACAGGAAGGACAUUGCACAGGAAAUGCUCAUGUGCCAGACCUCCUGUACAAAUUCUGAGCGUCAGUCUAUCCUGAAUGCUGAGGAGAAACUUGGCCAGAAGCCAGAGGACUGUGAUGACAAAGAGCUGUAUAAACUCUUGAGAACAAACAUUCCAGAAUGCAAAGAUGUUGACCUGCUGGAGUUUCACUUCAGUGAUUUUCCCCUGUCAGAGCACGACCUGAUCAAAUGUGGCAUUCGCUGUUUCUUUGAAUUAAAGGUUGUGGAGAAGUUCAAAGUACCUGCGGAGACGUUGACCAAAUGGAUGUACACAAUUCGGAAAGGUUACCGUGACAUCACCUACCACAACUGGAGACAUGGUUUCAAUGUGGGCCAGACCAUGUUUGCACUCUUAAUGACGGGAACUCUGAAGAAAUACUACUCUGACCUGGAAGCCUUUGCUAUGGUGGCAGCCGGAUUUUGCCAUGACAUUGACCAUCGGGGGACCAACAAUUUAUACCAAACAAAGAGCGCCUCUCCUUUGGCCAAACUUCAUGGAAGCUCUAUCAUGGAGAGGCACCAUCUUGAGUACAGCAAGACACUAAUGGAGGACGAGGCACUGAACAUCUUCCAGAACCUGCAGAAACGCCAGUUUGAGACUGUGCAGCACUUGUUUGAUGUGUGCAUCAUUGCCACAGACCUGGCCUUGUACUUCAAAAAAAGAACGUUGUUCCAGAAGAUAGUUGAUAAUACCUCCCAAAUGACUGACGAAAAAGAAAUCACCAACUUUGUUGGUAACAACGCUACAAGGAAGGAAAUUGUAAUGGCGAUGAUGAUGACGGCCUGUGACCUGUCCGCCAUCACAAAACCAUGGGAGGUCCAGAGCAAGGUUGCUCUGAUGGUUGCUUCUGAGUUUUGGGAGCAGGGAGAUCUGGAAAGGAAUGUUCUGGAUCAGCAGCCUAUUCCAAUGAUGGACAGGAACCAUGCUGCUGAGCUUCCCAAGAUGCAAUGCGGCUUCAUUGAUUUCGUGUGUGCAUUUGUAUACAAGGAGUUUGCCAGGUUCCACAAAGAGCUCAUGCCGAUGUUGAGUGGGUUGAUGAAUAACCGGAUGCACUGGAAGGCCCUGGCAGAUGAGCAUGAAGCCAAGGUGAAAGCCCUGGAAGAUCAGAAGAAGAAAGAUGAAGGUGGCGACGGUAAGCAACAACAACGAGGCGAAGGGGGGAAGUCAAAGACCUGCACCAUAUUUUAGACGAGCCCCUCCUUCAUCGCUCUGAGACAGGAGAGAACACAACACCGCAGAGGAGGGACAUGUGUGAGCCUGGAUUGUGACAAACGCUGUAAAUU